CUUUCCGGCACAACAAGGGGGGGGGCUGUGUUCCCUCUUCCUGGGGUGUCUCCUAAUGGGGAACUCUGCCCCCCUCCCCAGAUUUCUCAGCACUACAGCAAACCCCGCGUUACCCCAAUGGAAGUCAUGCCGGUCUUUCCUGACUUCAAGAUGUGGAUCAACCCCUGUGCUCAGGUCAUUUUUGACUCUGAUCCAGCGCCCAAGGACACCAGCGGGGCAGCAGCUUUGGAUAUGAUGUCACAAGCCAUGAUUAGGGGCAUGAUGGAUGAAGAGGGCAACCAGUUCGUGGCCUAUUUCCUUCCCGUGGACGACACGAUGCGGAAGCGCAAGCGGGACCAAGACGAGGAGAUGGAUUACGCACCCGAGGAAGUGUGGGCCGGGGGGGGGGGGCGACUGAGAUGCUGGCAAGGGGGCCCCAGGCCGCUUCCGCCCUCUCUGACCCCCUCCUCCCCUGGCAGAGUGCGGCUCAGCAAGCGGCGAGCCAAGGCCGGCGUCCAGUCAGGCACCAACGCGGUGCUGGUGGUGAAACACAGGGACAUGAACGAGAAGGAGCUGGAGGCACAGGAAGCCCGCAAAGCCCAGCUGGAGAACCACGAACCCGAGGAGGAGGAAGAGGAGGAGAUGGACUUGGGCAAGGAGGCCCCAGGCUCAGACGAAGAGCCGGAGAAAGGCAGUGAGAGCGAGAAGGAGGCCAGCGAAGCCGAGGAGGAGGAGGAGGAAGAGGAGGAGGAGGAAGAGGAGGAGGAGGAGGAAGUCCGCUCCCCCAGCGAGGGCGUCCCGGCCGAGGAGAGCGAGGAGGACGAGCGGGCUGCGCGAGACAAAGAGGAGAUCUUCGGCAGCGACGACGAUGAGGAAGACUCUGAGCCGGAGGGCGACCGGCCAGAGGCGGACGAGGAGAGCGGCAGCGAGGAGGAGGAGGAGGAGGAAGACGGGGGCAGCCGGCAGCAGCAGCAGCAGCAGCACCGGGGCAGCCACAGCCCCUUCUUCAGCGGCAGCGACCACUCCAACCAUGAGGAAGAGGAGGAGGAGGAAGGGGAGGCCAGUCCCAGCGACGCCCCUUCGGAGUCGAGCAGCGAGAGCAGCGACAGUGACUGAGCAGCCACGGAGGCCGCCGUUGGGUGGGCCUGGGACUGUCGGAAGAGGCAGGGGGGGGGGCCCAGAGGGUCCUUUCGCCAGCUCUGCCCUCCCCGGCCACAGGGGACUGUGGGCUGGGCAGCUGCCCUGCUGGGGGAACCGCGCGCUUCGGCCCUGGGAGUUCCCUGCUGUAUAUAGGAGCCUUUUCUGUUGCAAUAAAAUAUGUGGUGUCUUUGACCC